AUGAACAGCGCGACUGCCAGAGGCGUUACGACAAGCAGUGGUAUGGGCGUUGCGGCGGGCGGCGCCUCCCAGCGCCAUCGGUACAAGGGCUCUGGUGCUUUUCAUUGGUCUCGGCAAAACGAAAAUACGGCGCUCGCCCAUGGACUUCCUCGAUUUCCCGGAAGCGGCAAGAUUCGCGCCUCUGCCAAGAAGUUGGAGACGAAAUGGGUUGGGUGCUCGACUCCGGGCUGA